CAGACACACGGCCCCGAUACAUUUUGCCGAUACGUGACGGGUGCCCGAAGGAGCGAGAAAAGGAAGAAAAAAUUGCAGCGGCUGCAAGAAAAAAAAAAAAGUCACACACAGUGAAGAAUUGCUCGCGGAGUUUGCAGAGUGUGUGUUUUUGGGCUUCCGUUGUUUUUUCCCCCCUAUCGUGCGGGCCACCAGAAUAUGGACGUGCGGACGGUUCUCGACGGCUAUUUGCGAAAAGCCGUCCACCCGAACAAUCAUGAUUUGGACGUGUCGGCAAUCGAUCAGUUCUGUCUGACGCUGAAGAAGGACCCGUCGAAGAUGUCCAUCGCCCGCGAGCUGCUCGUCAGCCGGAUACAGUCGACCAACACGAAGGAAUCGCUGCUUGCCCUCGAGGCGCUGGAAGAAUGUAUGGAAUCGUUGGGGCGCGAGUUCCGGUCGGAGAUCAACAAGUUCCGGUUUCUGAACGAGCUGAUCAAGAUGGUUUCGAAGAAGUACAACGGCGACCAGACACCGCGCGAAGUGUCCGAGCGUAUCCUAAACAUUCUGCUUACCUGGACGAACAAGUACGAUCCGUGCGAUUGCGAUAAAAUACAGGAAGCGUACAAUCUGCUCGCCACGCAGGGGAUCCAGCACCGGUCGCAGCAGAACGUGAUCAUCCGUGGGCCGCCGGCCCGCCACCUGGACGAGCGCGGCGGCCAGAUGCUGGACAAGGAGCAGCAGAAGCUGAAGCAGCUGAUCGCGAGCGGCAAGCCGGAAAACUUCGAAAAGGCGAACCUGCUGAUACAGAACCUGUACCGGGACGAGGAGCGCCGCACGCAGAUGAAGAGCCGCCGUCUGGCGGAGCUGCAGAAGGUGGCGGAAAAUACGAAGCUGCUGGCGGAAAUGCUCGACCAGUACCGGGCGGGUGAAACGUCCGACGACGGGCUGGCGGUGCUGAGCGAAAUUUACGAAUCGUGCGAAAGUGCCCAUCCCACGAUCGUGCGGCUGGCGGAGGAAACGCAACACAGCGAGGAAAUGCUCGAGAAAAUAUUUGAAGUGAACGAUGCACUGACGCAAGCGCUGGACAAGUAUCGUAUGAAGGUACUGAACCAGCAGCCGGCAGAGCGGGCCGCUCUGUCCCAUCCCGUCGAAACGACCGCACCACUACUCCCCUCCAUGAGCUACACUCCCAACAUUACCGGUUCGGAUCCACUGGACACGCUGUUCGAUGUGUCCGGCGAGGUGCCGGGCAGUGGCGGCAAAGAGACAGCUACCUCCAACCGCUCCAACUAUGACGAUCUGAGUGACAUAUUUUCGUCGACCGGGCAUGGCAAUGGGGGAACGGUCGGGAACGAUAUACUGCUUCCGGAAGCUGCGGCCAACCAAAGCGCUGCAACCACGUACAGCGGGCUGAACGGGAUGAAGCCGAACGAAACCAAACCCAAAGAUAAUCUACUGGAAUUGAAUUCCAUUCUCAGCAGCAUUAAAACCAGGGCCAAUGCUUCCCCCUCACCAGUGCUGGGAGCGACGGCAGGCAGGCCGGCACCGUCGAAAGCACCGGCACAGAACGGUUCGGUAGCCGGUGCGUCUAGCAAAUCCAUUCCCGAGCUCGAUUCCAUCAUUAGCGGUAUGAAGGCGACGCUUCUCUCCGGAGCGGUACCGCCCGAAGAGCCACCAACUACUACUACUACUACUACUGCUGUUGCCGUCUCAAACCCCGAACCGACCGGGUCGGCUGGAUCGGAAGAGGACGAUCCAAUCCUGGCCGCACCGGCGACAACUUCCUCUGCACUUCCAACCAAAGUAGAGCGACCGGCACCAACAGCAACGGAAACGGUGCCCAGCAGCAAACCGGAACUGAAAGCGCUGGCAGACAUUGUGAUCGAUUUGGACUGCAUUCAGCCGAGCCGGGAACCGUCCCGCACCGUGCUGGACGAUAAGGAGGGCCUGCAGAUUACGCUUAACUUUGCGGCGGACCAUCCCCGACCGGACGUGACGGUGAUCGUCAUCUCGACGAUCAAUCAGGGCCGCACCAGCAUUCCCAGCUUUCAGUUUGACGCGAGCGUGCGGAAGCCAUGCAAGCUGCGGCUGCUGCCACCGUCCGCUUGCAGUCUGCCGGGUACGAAACCGUUCCGGCCACCGGCCGAUGGCAUUACGCAGGUGCUGCUGCUAGCGAAUCCGACCGGCGAGCCCGUCGAUCUGACCUGCAUCCUAACGUACCUGGUGGGCGACGAUCCGGACCCGAUCAAGGAGUCGAUCGUCAUGCAGGCGGUACCGUCGGUGCGGGAUUGAAGCGUGCCCCAGCAGAUAAGGCAACCUCCUGUGAUUACGAGAUUACGCAACAUACGCUAGGACGGUCGGGACUCCCUACUUAAGCAGAAACAGUUUAAACGUUUGCUUGAAUGCUGGGCAGCUUACUUUAAAUCUCGCGCGCGGCAUCAAGGCGCAAGACACGCAAGGACGAAGUCAAUAAUAGGCGGACAUAAUAAGCAUUAAUAAAAGAAAAGUAUAUCUAUACUGAAGUCAGUUAAAGGCAAA